AUGCCUUCCACGACGACGAGCGGCUAUAACACUCUAAUUCAUGAAGCUGAGCUUUCAUUGAAAGAACUCUCUGUCAACACCAUCGACGACGCGGCCAUAGCCCUCUCUCUCUUAUUCCGUCUUCAGUCAUGGAAAGCAAAUCGGUCACCAGACACUGACAUGACUUCAGUUGUUUCGUGCACGCAAUUGUUGAACGAAAACCCUGCACUGAACUCUUUGUUGAACAUAGUUCAGCGUCAGGACUGCCCCGACUAUUCUCUGAUAACCCACUCUCCAUUAUUUCCAGCAUUGGUGUCCGAGAAGUCCCGCAAAAUAUUGCAAGAUCUAAGAAUGAAGAUGGGAGGAAUGGCCGAAGGUAAUUCGCUGUUUCCUGUCUGGGUACCGCCUGUCGUGCAUUCCCAUCCAAUCUACAAAAACGUCGAUGUCCAAAAUCAUUGCAAGGCCCUUCAGCUGCGAAAAUCGGCGGACAUGAGUCCCGACUUCUGUAUCAUCCUCCACGGUCUCGGCGAGUUCAAACACGACGAAGUGCUCGGCGGUCGAGUUGAGAGGCUCUUCUCCUCGAAGCACAAGUUUUUUGUGAAUGCAUCAGGAACAGGCAAGACAAGACUGUGCUACGAGGGUCUCACUUCCCACUGGGGUCUUUACUUCACCCUUGAAGUUGAUUCGGGUAAUCUAGGAAGCCUCGACAUGGAAGACAAGCUAAACUAUCUAAUGGAGAAGCAUCAAUACCAUCGGGUUCUUGACCAUGAUGCUCUGGAGCAAAAUUCCCGUCUGGCCAAACAUGAAUUUGGAUCCAUUCUCCUCUCUCGGUUGCUUGUUUUUCAACUAUUCCUUGAAUUCCUUGUUGACGUUGAUAAUGGGGCGCUCACCAAUGAUCACAAGAUGCGCUGGCUUGAAAUACAGCUCACCCCGUCCAUUUUCGGCGUGGCGCGUCAGGACGUAUUCACCAGAUUGGGAAAUGCACUUGGGGAAGAUGAAACAGACGUUGCCAAUCUCCAAGUCAACAUCGACGACGUCCUUCGCAAAAUACAACAUGUCAUCGGCAGCGAUCCGAUUUUCGUUGUUAUCGAUGAGGCCCAAAUUGGCGUUGAAGAAAAUCUAUUCGUCUCCAGAGACGGGAAACCUCUUCUAUGGGAGCUUAUUCGAGUGUGGCAAACGCUGACCCAUGGUGCCUGCACUUUUAUUUGCGCUGGUGUCAACAUUCCCCGCUCAAUCUUUGACGGUGAAGUUGGCGCAGACUUUGAGUGGACAUCAGAUACCGGUUCUUUCGACGACCCAGACGCCCAUGAGCAAUACAUCAGGAAGUUUCUACCGCCAACGCUUCGAGACUCUCCCUCGGGCCAGUUUCUUGUCGCUCGUCUUUGGCGAUGGUGUCGUGGACGCCACAGAAUGACAGAUAAAUUUCUGAAUAUCCUCCUCUACGAGGGCCUUCAAUUUCCGCAUACGACCUUAUCGCUUUAUAUUCUUGAAGGAACAGAUCUCGAACCCCUGGAUGCCGUGGGAAUUUGUUAUGAAGAGGCCUAUCCCAAUCCAAAAACCUGGAACUUCAGCUUUGGAAAGCCGUCUUUCGAGGCGCUCUCCCCUGACGACCAAGAUUUGACGCGAGCUGUGCUUUACAGCUUUAUGGCAACCCAACAAAGUCAAAAAUUCACUUCGGAGUAUACUUCACUGGUUUCCAGAGCACAUGCUUGCUUUGUUGAUGCGCAUCUGUCGGAAAUUAUCUUCGACGAGCCGUUAGUUUUGGUGCUUGCUGCUCGCCAACUUUUUCCGUUUCCUUAUGAGGCUCUUCGAGGAAUUCCCAACAAUCGACCAUCGACCUUCAUAACAGCACUUCAAAUCAACCCUCCUAGAACUCGGUUGAGUAUUGCCCAUUGCCUCGCCUUCUACCUCUCCCAAGUCCUCGGAAACGGUCGAAUAUUGACCGAUGUCCUCAAAUUUCCACAUGGUAUUCCUGGAUGGGCUCGUCAAACUGGGCAACUAGUCCGUUUUCACACAGACGAUGAAGGAGCAGUCCGGCACUCGAUCGUGGACUCUGACGCAUUCAGGUCUCUGCUACCACUUGCAACAACGACGAGCACCCUUGAAGAGACCAUCAAAUGGAUUAAGCAUAGCUACGGCACUGCAUUUUGUAUACCCUCGUCGCCAAACUUGGACUUGCUGUGUGCAAUCCGGUUAGCGGAUGGCUCGUUUAUCUGGCUCGCUGUUCGUGCGCUAGCGACGGACGAGCCCAUGAGUGACGACAGUCUGAGACCAAUGGUUUCGGACCUAGAUAUUGACAGUAUGUUUCGUGAGGCAAGUGUUGACACUGCUUCUGUUACACGGGCUAUCGAUUCUCUUCAUUCUUUGCCCGGACUCAAACAACGACCGUGUCUCCUUCGCGCGGUGACAGCAUUCCCCGUUGAGGUUGAUCUGCGCAACUGCAUCGAUAAGCGCUGUCGGGACGCUGCCAACCUCAGUUUUCGCGCUCUUCGUCGCAAGAAAAAUCAAGUCAUGCAGGAAGACUUUUUCGAAGCAAUGGUCAACGGAGCGAUUGCUGGCACCAAGAGGAAGUCGCGUUGGGAUGAGGGGGCGAUGCACGACAAUCGCCAACGAGCCAAGGAGCAUAGAAUGAGGUUGAACCAGAAGUUUGGUGGAGAUUAUAUCUGGACGAGAGUGGCCGAACCAGAAUACAUCUGGGAUCUGCGCUCGGAGGACUUUUAUGGAGAAUACGAUCCACUGAAUGCUGUCCCCGCUCCUCGCCAGCGUCAGGCACCGCCUUCCCGUAAACCACGAAAACAACCACCACAGUCGAAGUCGCGUCAAACCCAGAAAGGGUCGCGUCGAAAACGGUGA